UGGCCUUUAUUUGUCAUAUCACAAAUUGUCACAAACACAAAUUCUACGUGAAAAUUAAAUCGAUUUGAUAUAUUCUGAAAUAAGUUUAUAUAUAUAUAUAUCUUAAAGAAUCCCAUAUUAUGUUUUAGCUUCUCUGAGAAUUGAGAAAGUUAUACACAAUGGCUUCGAACGACAAAAUACCUUUAAAACAGGCCGAAGUUUCAGUUCGACGAUUUAAUGAUCUUGCUAUACCACAUCAUUUGAGUCUCCUGAAAAAUCAUCGUAGCAAUAUCGAAAAAAGCUUAGCGUUAGGUGAUUGGAACAAAAUUAAGAAGGAAGAAAUUAAUGCAACUCGCGUAAUUAAACAACUUAAGAAUUUGCUGCUUGAAAUGGAUACUCUACGUGAAAGGGUCCGUCCUGAAGACUUACAAAGGUUCGAUAUAAUGAUGGAAGAUGGUAAAAAUAAAGCUUUCCAAGGCAUGAGUGAAUAUUUAGAACUUAAACUGAAAGCACCGUCAUAUAAUAAAUACUCAAUCUCAUUGGCAAAUUGUGAAGAGGAAGAAAAUCCCCCACCUGUAGAAAUAGGGCUAACCACUGCACACCGGCAAGUAAUACCUCCGAUUGAAACGAAGUAUGAACAGCAAGAAUAUCAGUUGCAACAAAGACAAGCAUGUUUGGAUGAACUAGAACAAUUGCAAAACGAGAUCCGGGAUCUCAAUGGAAUGUAUUGUAAUAUGCAUCAUCUGGUCCAAGAACAAGGAGAGAGUGUACGUGUCAUUGCUGAUAACGCGGAAGAAGCCCUUGAGAAUGUGCAAAUUGGUGAAAAUAAUUUGCGCAAAGCCCUUACAUACAAAAAAGCGAUGUAUCCGGUAGUUGGUGCAUUGAUAGGCACUUGCGUAGGUGGCCCUAUUGGAUUGGUAGCUGGUUUGAAAGCAGGUGGUCUGGCGGCGGUAGGCUGUGGAAUUCUUGGAUUCACUGGUGGUUCCGUUCUGAAAAGCAACCCAUCAAUAAAUCCCGCAGUUAUGCAAGGUAAUAUUGAGGAAGAAAGUUCACAAGAGCCUAUAGAACUGGAAAGAACGGAUGAAUGACCCUCAGUGUCGGAAGAACUAUCUAAGGAAUGCACGAAAAGGGCUUGUCCUCCAUUGGUAUUACCAGUAGCCAGUAAAGGACAGUUAGAUUUUGUGGCACAAGCUACGACAGGUGUGAUAUGUAGAGUACGCAGUUACUGUUCUAUACAAUGAAGACUUAUUUAUUUAUAUACAUACAUAUGUAUGUACGUCAUAAUUAUGUUUUUCUUUUCUACACAAUUUAAUAGUUGGUUUAAUAUGUGUGAAAAUAAAGCAUAAAUGUUAAAAUAAUAA